AUGGCCGUGUUUAAUAUUGGUUCUGCACCCUAUGUGGCGCAGAAGAUUGUAGCAACACGAAAGAAGCAGCAGCUCUCGAUUGGUCCUUGCAAGUCUCUGCCAAAUUCCCCAAGCCACACGUCUGUGUGCUCCGCACAGGUGUCAACAGUGCACAUCAGCCAGACCAGUAAUGGUGGGGGCAGCCUGAGUGACUACUCCUCUUCCGUCCCAUCUACCCCAAGCACCAGCCAGAAGGAACUGAGGAUCGAUGUUCCCCCCACUGCCAGCACCCCAACUCCAGUACGCAAGCAAUCUAAGCGCAGGUCCAACCUCUUCACGUCUCGGAAAGGGAGCGACCCAGACAAAGAUAAGAAAGGUCUCGAGAGCAGAGCAGACAGCAUCGGCAGCGGGCGAGCAAUACCAAUUAAACAGGGAAUGCUGCUGAAAAGAAGUGGAAAAGCUCUUAAUAAGGAGUGGAAGAAGAAAUAUGUUACUUUGUCCGAUAAUGGGGUUCUAACCUACCACCCAAGUUUGCACGACUACAUGCAGAAUGUUCAUGGGAAGGAAAUAGAUCUCCUCAGGACCACAGUGAAAGUUCCAGGGAAGAGGCCGCCACGGGCUACCUCCUCUUGUGCUCCUAUUGCAAGCCCCAAGACCAAUGGCUUGACCAAAGAGCUCAGCGGGCUCCAGAUCUCUCCUAACACAGGGAAUGUAACAAGCAGCACAUCAGUUACGCAGAUGACCAGCGGACCCAGUGGAAUCAGUCUAGGCUCCUUUAGCCGCAUGGAUGGGAUGCACCAGAGAUCAUAUUCUGUGUCUAGUGCUGACCAGUGGAGCGAGGGAGCUGUCAUUGCCAACUCUGCCAUUAGUAGCGACACCGGCCUAGGUGACUCAGUGUGUUCCAGUCCCUCUAUCUCCAGCACCACCAGCCCCAAAUUGGAUCCACCACCCUCCCCUCAUGCCAACCGCAAGAAACACCGGCGGAAGAAGAGCACAAGCAACUUUAAGGCCGAUGGUCUAUCGAGCACUGCUGAAGAACAAGAGGAGAACUUUGAAUUUAUUAUUGUCUCCCUCACUGGUCAGAGUUGGCACUUUGAAGCCACAAGCUAUGAAGAGAGGGAUGCCUGGGUACAGGCUAUAGAGAGCCAAAUAUUGGCAAGUUUGCAGUCUUGUGAGAGCAGCAAAAACAAGUCUCGACUCACAAGCCAAAAUGAGGCUCUUGCUCUUCAGUCAAUUCGAAACCUGCCAGGAAACUCCCACUGUGUGGACUGUGAUGCACAGAACCCAGACUGGGCCAGCCUAAAUCUGGGAGCUCUCAUGUGCAUUGAAUGCUCUGGGAUCCACAGAAACCUCGGUACUCACCUGUCCCGAGUACGCUCCCUGGACCUCGAUGACUGGCCAUCUGAACUGAUUAAAGUUAUGUCUGCCAUCGGGAAUGAACUGGCUAACAGCAUAUGGGAGGGGAGCAGUCAGGGGCAUGUCAAGCCAUGUUCAGAAAGUCCCAGGGAGGAGAAAGAGCGUUGGAUACGGGCUAAAUAUGAACAAAAACUUUUCCUCGCACCCCACACUUGCCGGGAUAUGCCCCUGGGACAGCAACUCCUGCGAGCCACAGCAGAAGAGGAUCUCCGGACUGUAAUACUGCUCAUUGCACAUGGCUCGCGGGAGGAGGUGAAUGAAACCUGUGGUGAGGGAGACAGGCGGACAGCUCUUCAUCUGGCCUGCCGCAAAGGAAAUGUGGUAUUAGUGCAACUGCUCAUUUGGUACGGUGUGGAUGUGAUGGCGCGGGACUUCCAUGGAAAUACAGCACUGGCAUACGCCAAACAGGCAGCUACAUCUGAGGUGCGGGAUUUGCUGCUACAAUAUGGCUGUCCUGAUGAACAAUUUGUGCUUAUGGCCACCCCAAAUCUGUCUCGCAAAAACAACCGCAACAACAACAGCAACACAGGAGGCAGUGGUCUGAUGCCCACACUCAUUUGACAAGCUGACGGGAGAGUUGACAGACUCCAUCACUACUUACCCUCACAGCUCAGGGGGAGGAGUCAGGACUGACAAGGGAAGAGCCUGAGCUCCAGUACAGGGGAAUGGGGGAGAUCUGAUAAAGCACAGACGAACAGAGACUUAACAUGUGGAGAGAAGUGUCUUUGCUAUCACUUGGGAGGUUGUGCAAAAAGCAGAUGCAGAAAGGAAGUGCAAGGAGAAGUAGCUGAGAUUGCACUCUAAGGGCAAAGAAGCAGAGACAAAAGAGUACAAGUAGAUAGGAAGAGAGAAUGCAGGAGAGGGUGAGCCUAUUCUGAGUGAAGGAAGGGACUGAGGGAAAGCAAGAGAUUGAGUGUGAGUGUAAGGAGAGGCUGAGCCUUCCCUCAGUGUCAGGGGAGACAGAGGCAGGGAGCUGUCACAUAUGUGCACAUUUCACCUCAACCCUAGCCGAGCACUUAGGCUGUACUCUUGUCUGACAAGGACUGCUCAGCAUAAAUCACACGCAGGCAGUGAGUUUGUCAGGUUUGAGGCUCCAAUGAUGCUUUGUGUCAAAUCACUUGGAGCUAAUCUGUCCUCAGAGAAUGCCGGCUUCAUUACACUUGUAUAGUUGAGUUCCCUCAGCCUUUACUGCUGUUUAAUAGGACAUGAUUACUCAUCAUGUAGAAGGGAGCAUAUUAUCUGAGAAGGAAGCUCCUCUCCACGCACCGCUGAUUACAGGGAUGUGAUUGCAAUAUUCUUAGCAGACACACUCUGGGCGCUUCCACCCCAUCCUCAGACUCCUUGUCAUAAUCCUGCAGCUCUCCACUUAACGCACCCCAAAAUGGACAAAAAAGGAUAUUUAUUUUAUUUUAUAAAUGUGUUUUGGGGAAGGAUAGAUUGCUUUUAUUUCCCCAUCCUGCAUUGUGAUCAUGUAGCAACCAGAUUGAUCUUCAUUUGUAUUACCUUGACCCCUCUCAGGAAACACUACCGUUCCUAUUGUUCAUUGCUCACACUAGUUGCAGAUAUUGUUUCAUGGUUGAGUACUUUUAUAUUAUUAUUAUUUUUAUUUUUUUUGCCUUGCAAAUCUAAUAAGUGGUGCUAAUUAGGAGCUCACAUGUAGUUAGUGUAAGCCAAAGGGAAUCUACAUCACUUUGCAAACAAAUUAAGAAGGGGCAUUUCACAUACACACACACAUAUAUAUAUAUAUAUAUAUAUAUAUAUAUAUAUAUAUAUAGUGUGUGCAGAUCAGUUUGUAUUCAUUUUCAAAGCAUUACUUUUAAUGUUUAAAACACUAUAUAUAUACUAAUACGCAGGGUGCUGGAUUUUUAAGAGCAGAGCUGUGUGUAUUAAUAUGCUAUGCAUUGUUUUUAUUGUGCUGAACACUACAUAUUGAUACACAAGGCACUGCUUUUUAAUGUGCAGAGCAGUGUGUACUACAUAUAAAUUACACUGUUUUUAAUGUACAGAGCACUUUGUGUAUAAAAGGGCAGUUAGGGCAGACUGGGGGGGGGGUGUAUGUUCAGUGUGAGGAUGUUUAGGGCAGGAACUGCUGCAUGUGUGAAUGUUUGUAUCAGUUGGGAGAAGCUUGUGAUCUGAAUAUAUGGGGGUGGGUCUGAAUAUAAUGCAUAGUAGGUGUGAAUGUACAGUAGAGUGUGUAAAUGGGCAUCACCCAUAUACGUAUUCAGGACUAGAUAUAUCCAACUUCCUGCAGUGUCAAGUAGAAGAAGCUAGACAUAUUGUAGGAUUAAAAAUGGAUUAAGAUAUAAGCAGAGAUGCAUCAGGUUAUUUUCGAUGAUGUAAGUGACCUCAUUAGAACACAGAUCAGAAGUGAACUGAAGUGUAGUCCUUUUAUAGUGCAUGUGUAAUGCAAGGCAAGUUUUUAAAAGCACUCACCCAUUUGACAGCUCCUAGGCUCUGUAAUAAUCACAGCACACCCUGACACAGGAUCCCAAGGUAUAGAGUUGCUUAACACAGAUGUACCAAUUUUUUUUACAGAGGUUUCACAAUGCAGUUUUGGGAUAGUUUGUAGAGGACUGUAUCAUUUUGGGUGUAGUCCUGAUGUUGUAUCCAGGAGCUAAGUAUUGAUAUGCAGAUAUUUAUCUUGCCCUACUAUGACUAUGAUAUGUUCCUGAUUGGAGUAGCAGCAUUUCACUACAUUACAUUUCACUGCACAAUAUGUAGGGCUCACAAACCCGCACAAAUGAAUUGGCCUCACCAAUAGACUACUGUGUGAGUCAUAGGACAAUGGUUAUUACAGAUAGAAAAAUCGAUUCUUUCCAAAUCAGCCACAAAAUUCCCAUCCACCUUUGCUUUGAUUAGCUGAAGGCAGUGAGGAUAUCUUAAUAUCAGCACGUCACACCCACUGCAUACAGAGUGAAUUCUGACAGGUGACCAAUUACUCAACAGCCCUUGUCCUUCUUGGCUGGUGGCUUCAAUAUAAGCCCAUAUUGCCCAAUCAGAAGAAUCAUUGCAGGUUAGAAACCAAAUUCUGGAAACCACUCCAGACCACAGGUUAUGCAUUGGUUUCCCAUCUCAGUGUUACUUCUUAAAGAGAGAGAAGUUAAUAAAGUGCUCAGACAGUUAAGCUGAUUCCAAAGCAAAGGUGAGUGAAGCUGAAAUAGCCAUCACUAUUGAGUGUCUACAUAUGGCUGUCCUGAUCUGCCUGCAUCCCUCGCCAACCUGUUGUGUUCUGCUAGUAGCAAGGUACAAGGAACACUGAGUCAGCAGGAAGAGGGUUUCUGUGUCCUGACAUCAGCGGGUUCUUAUACAGAGUUAUAUGGUGAAUGAAACACAUGUAUAUAACACAUAGCUGGCCCCAUGGGAAGGGAGGGAGCCCAGGCGGCCAAACCCUCUGUAUGGGGGUUACCUUUUAUUUAAUUUUCUAUUCCUACUAGCCAGAUGUGGAGCCAAUGUUAUUGUGUCUUAUUCCGAUCACCUCUCCGUGUUUCACUCCAUGCUGAGUGGAAUAUGAGAGUUAUUUUUGUUUUGUUUUUUUUUCAGUGUCUUUGGAUUAUGUUGUCUAAGUUAUACAAAUUUCUUUUGUAUUGUGUCUCAUUAGAGGAUGCAAAAUAUAUGUAAAAUAAAAACAAAGAAAACACUUUGAAUAGAAA